AUGAAUAUCAGAGCGAAAACCAUAAACCUUUCUAGUUUUUUUCUCUUCAUCAUUUUAAAUGGUGAAGCUAAGUCAUGUGGAAAUGGUUGUGAGAUGGCUAUAGCUUCGUAUCAUAUUUGGUCAGGAGCUAAUUUAACUUACAUUAGUCACCUAUUCAAUUUAACAAUUCCAGUGAUUCUUAAUUACAAUCCUCAAAUUACAAAUCAAGAUAGUAUUACUAGUGACACGAGGAUUAAUCUCCCAUUUUCUUGUGAUUGCUUAAAUGGUGAUUUUUUGGGACAUACUUUUGUGUACAAAACUGUGUUUGGUGACACGUACAAAAAAGUUGCCACUAUGGCCUUUGCAAACCUUACAACUGAGUAUUGGCUCAAACGGGUCAACAAUUAUGACCCGACCAGCAUACCGGAUUAUGCCAUGAUCAACGUGACCGUUAAUUGCUCCUGUGGGGAUGGUGAAGUGUCCGACGAUUAUGGGUUAUUCGCCACGUACCCUAUUCGCCCGGGAGAGAACUUGUCCACAGUGGCCGUGGGGUCGGGUGUACCGGCGGAGUUGCUCCAGAAGUUCAAUCCGGGUUUGGAUUUUGGUUCAGGGUCGGGAAUAGUGUUUGUGCCGGCAAGAGAUGCACACGGAAAUUUUCCACCGUUGAAGACAAGAUCAAGAGGACUCUCACGUGGAGCCAUUGCUGGCACAACAGUGGCAGCUAUUUUUGGGGCUACCUUCUUUGUAGUUUGUGUUUAUUUUGUAUUUUAUAGGAGCAAGCAAGCAGAAGAGGAAUCAUUUCUCCAAGGGUCAUCUGAUGAACACUUUAAUGAGAACUUCCGUCCUCCGAAUUUGGAGAAAAUUACAGAAUCAGGUCCUUUGUUUGGUGUUAUUUCUCCAAGACCGACAGGGAUCACAGUGGAUAAAUCAGUGGAAUUUUCAUACGAGGAACUUGCUAAAGCUACAAAUAACUUCAGCAUGGAAAAUAAGAUUGGUCAAGGUGGAUUUGGAUUAGUCUUUUAUGGAAUGUUAAAAGGCGAGAGAGCAGCAAUUAAGAAAAUGGAUAUGCAAGCAUCGAAAGAAUUCUUUGCUGAGUUGAAAGUCUUAACGCAUGUUCAUCACUUGAACUUGGUUCGGUUGAUUGGAUAUUGUGUUGAAGGGUCUUUAUUCUUAGUUUAUGAAUACAUUGAAAAUGGAAACCUUGGUGAACACUUGCGUGGAUCAAGCCGGAAUCCAUUGUCAUGGUCUACCAGGGUGCAGAUUGCUCUUGAUGCAGCUAGAGGACUCGAAUACAUCCAUGAGCACACUGUUCCUUUAUAUAUCCACCGCGAUAUUAAAUCUGCUAAUAUUUUGAUUGACAAAGACUUUCGUGCAAAGGUAGCAGACUUCGGACUUACAAAGCUAACUGAAGUUGGAAGUACCUCUUUCCAUACACGCCUUGUAGGCACUUUCGGUUACAUGCCUCCAGAGUAUGCUCAGUAUGGUGAUGUUUCCCCUAAAGUUGAUGUCUAUGCUUUUGGAGUAGUGCUUUACGAACUAAUAUCUGCUAAAGAAGCUAUUGUCAAGACGAAUGAAGUUAUAACUGAAUCAAAGGGACUUGUUGCAUUGUUUGAGGAUGUUCUUCACCAGAGUGGUGGUGCUAGAGAAGGGUUAUGCAAAGUGGUUGAUCCCAAACUCGGAGAUGACUAUCCGUUAGAUUCAGUUUGCAAGGUAGCUCAGCUUGCCAAGGCUUGCACACAUGAAAAUCCUCAGUUGAGACCUAGCAUGAGGUCCAUUGUUGUAGCUUUAAUGACUCUAUCAUCCUCAACUGAAGAUUGGGAUAUUGGCUCCUUUUAUGAAAACCAUCUCAUGUCAGGAAGGUAG